GGUAAGUAAGUUUGAAAAGUACAUUUCCAUAUUUCAAACAAAAGCGCUCUAAUUAAAUCUUCAUUCUCAUAUCCAUUUUUCAACUAAAAGAAAACACAACUCACAACAAUAAGAAAUCUCAUUUUAAUGAAGUUGAAGAAAGCAAUGAAGAAGCUCAAAUUCUGGUCAAGCAAGAAGACAAAGAAAAAGGAUAGUUAUUACGAUUAUUACCACAAACUACCUCCACAAUAUGACUUCUACCCAUACAUUUAUCAUUCUCCUCCUCCUCCUCAAUCACCACUACCGUCAACGCCGAUGCCGCCGCCACCACCUCCAGAAGGCUGUGAAUGCCAUUUCUGCUAUCCUGCUGUGCCCUCGGCGCCACCCUUACCUUCAUGGCUCGAACCACAGCUACAAGAGGGUUUUAAUUCUUCAUCUGAUGAUGAUUAUUCCAACUCGUUUUCAAACUCCACCAAAAUCCAUGAUCAUUGUAUUGCUACAUCCGAAGAGAUAAUGGUGAUUACUACGCGUACUACUGAUACUGAUACAAAUACUAGUGAUGGUAUCUUAGAAGAUCGAGAUAAGAAUGAAAUUAUCGAUUCCGGUAGCUCAGAAUUACAGCAGUUAUCGUUGAGAAGCGAAAAGGAUGGUGUAGUAGGAUUGUUUGGAUGUAUAGUGGAUGUGAGUGCUUUACUCUUUCGCUGCUUCAUUCCCUGCUUAAACAUUUCUCAGCGUCAAAGUGCUGCUCCAAUAUUGAUGGCUUCCCCUGAUGUUAGGGAUAGUACUAUAGUAGAAAUUAAUGCAUGUUUCAUAAUUUAAAACUUAAAAUGUAUUACCAAUUUAAGGUUUUUUUUUUUUUUUUUUUUUUGGGGAUAAGUUCAUAUCCAUUAUUUUAAUGUCGUAUUAUAAUAAAACUACUUGUAUAAAAAUUUUAAAAUCUACGCAUUGAAAUAAAUCUCUAAGAUUUUAUCUAUGUAAUAUCUUAAAUUUUAUCAUUCUUUAAUACCCGUAUUGAUUUUAUUAUCAAUUAAAAAUAAAUAAAUA